AUGACUCUCGUAUUCCGCGCCCAAAGGGGUUCGCUGCAGCAGCUGCAGAUAGGAAUGCCAGAUAUCAUGUCCACCUUGUCUUUAGCACAGUCUGCUUGGGGCUGGGUAGGUGGUUUACGCGUCGUGAGCAGUAUACUGACCAAUUUACACGGAGCUUUCGCCGAAGAAGCGGCCAAAAAGCUUGCGGCAUCUAUUCAGGUAGGACCGGCAGUAUACUGCUUGUUUACGAGCGAUGGGUGCAAGGUGUGCUUAGACGACUCAAAUCCACCUUUUAGUGAAGACUUCCCUACGCAGCUAGUAGGGUUAUCUAUCUGUGCAAUUGCCCAUGUGUGCGGGGGUGCAAAUGCUGUCGAGCUUUUUAUGCAGUUCUUGGCCCCUACUCUUUUGAAGUUGCAAGAAGCAUACGAAAGCUUACAUCUGCAAUUGAUCCACAACAAAGCGAAGAUUUUGAAUGAGGGAGCCACGAGAGGCUUGACUGAAAUAUUUACAGCUGCGGUUGAUCAGUUGAAUCUACCGUACUGGAAUCCGUCUCAGCACACAAAUGAGCGGGAGUCUACAAUAGACGAAAGUGCGGCCAUCACUGAUAUGCACUACGUCAACAGCUUCUUACGAUGGGUUACGCUUCCCGGGAAAGAAACAUACUUUACCAGAAGUAUCAUGGUGGUACAUGUCGCUGCUUGUAUGAAGGCGGUUGGGUAUCGCAUCGGUGAAAUUCAAGUGUGGGAUGGCUCUGGAGCUCGACCGCGGGCUUUUGGGUCCAACUCAGUCGUCCUAGUCACAGGGGGCUCUUGGGAUACCGAUCCUUUUCUCGAGGAACAGGACAGCUGUGUCAUGCCGACUUACACUCAUCAUUACCAUUUCAGCACCGCAGGUGCCAUGUUCUCAAAUGCCUUCAGAAACAAAGUCAAUAUCCCACCCGAGGUUUUCCCGACUUUCUUUGAAUACACUCAUUCGUGUAUCAGGUCUCAGCUACAUCUCACCUGGAUCGUUCAGACUCCAUCAGAAUAUGAAAGGUUUCGUGGCAUUAGAAGCGACCGGUCGCCUUUGCACAACCGUGGAGGAACCAAAAAACUGCUGGCAAAAGCAGUCUGGACCUACCAGGAGACCAAACCGUCCCCUAUUUCUGUGAGAUUAGCUUCGCUCUUUUUCCCGCAGUCUGCCGAAGUAUUUGGGAUUUGCGAUGAGCGACUGUCGAACCCGGAAAGCUUGGAAAACAUUCUUCGACAAAGCUUUGAUUACACCAAUGUGCAGCAACAGAGAGACCUGGCAACUUUCCGUGUGAUUACAGUAUCCAUCGUUAUCGCCGUAGCCUCAGUCUUGGCUGGUGAAGAUUUCAAUAAUCUCCGGCACUGCAUUUACCUUGACCUCGAGAGCAGCUUCUGGCAGCACAUCCUUUGUCCUAUGGUUGAUGACAUUUUCUCGGCCAGACUUGAGCUUAGCCGAGCAGUCUUCUUAUUAGCCGCCGUCCAUGCUGGUUGUGAUCCCUUACUGAGCGAAAAGAUCAAUUUUAAGGACGAGCUUGUCGGCUGGAGAAAUGGAAUAUACACGGUCCAGCCUGCAUUGAUUGUGGAUAUGGAUCCCGCCUCAAAGACACCAUUGUUGGGUUGCUAUGAAGGAUUCUGCGCAAAUACGGCAGUACGGCCUAACGGUGCGAUUAUCAGCAGCAGUGAGAGCGAUAUGCGCCUCUAUAUUGACAACAGCUUAAGGACCGAAGGUGGAGAAUCCGACACCUCAAUUCAAGCUUUAUCCUUGUCAACACCAUACAUCGGUCCGCCAGACAAGAGAUAUGCAGAUGUGCCGUUGUAUUUGAAUAUUGAGCGCUCCCCAUUCGCAACUGAGCCUGAAAUCCUAUUCCAUGGGCGUAUCGGGGGGCGCUCCAUAGGUACCGCUGGGGUCAAAGACGCAAUGAUCACUAUAGUUUCGAGCCUCAAAGGUCAAGAAAAUUGUCCCGGCCAUGAAGCGUCGACCAAGGUGGUAAACAUCAUCGCUUCAAGAUGGGCGGCGAGAAAGUAUAACAAACCUGUCGGCCAAUGGGGUGACCUCCACUCUUUCGUCUCAGUCUGUGACAACCCUUCCUGGGCGCUGUUUUUAGCCGGCCAGUCAAUUCAUUUCGAUGGAAGAAUUGUGUAUGAUUGCAUUGAAUGCACCGCUAAAGGAAUGCUUCCUGGGUCAGUACUUGUUGGGUUUUAG